UUCGCGAUCGUCACCAACUCAGUGAUCGAUCGCCAUGUCCAGCCUCACCACGGUUGGCAGUAUGGAGGAGUACUCCGUGGAGGAGUUCGACACGCACCUGUCCCUCGGGAUCGGAGGGAGCCGGCCGCCGCCGCGGAGGCAGACGGUGCAGUUGUUCGGCGAGGUGUUCUCCCCGCAGGAACACGGUCGUCGUCACCGAGAGCCGACGGCGCCGGCGAGCAGGAGGAAGAGAGAGACUGGUGGUGGUGGUGGUGGUGGUGGUGGUGGUGGUGCUAGGCAGAACAAGAAGACCAGGACAUUCCAGGCCGAGGACGGCGAUAGCCGGAGCCCGGGCGACGGCGGCAGCGGCGGGAGGAAGAAGCUCCGGCUCACCAGCCUGCAGGCUACGCUGCUCGAGGACAGCUUCCGCGCCCACAACAUCCUGUCUCAUGCUGAGAAGCACGACUUGGCGCGGCGGGUUGGGCUGAGCGCGCGGCAGGUGGAGGUGUGGUUCCAGAACAGGAGGGCGAGGACUAAGCUGAAGCAGACGGAGGUGGACUGCGACCUGCUGCGCCGCUGGUGCGACCGCCUCACCGACGAGAACGCGCGCCUCAGGCGCGACCUCGCCGAGCUCCGGGCUUCGGCAUCGGCGUCGGCGUCGGCCACGAGGCUAAGCACCGCGGCGGCGAUCAGUGUCGUCUGCCCCUCUUGCUGCGACAAGCAGCUCGCCAUCGCCACCGCCGGCGACACGGCGUAACUGAAUAACUCAUGAUCAAGCGGUCGAGUUAUAUUAAAUGACGACCAUGCACGCAUGGAAUUCAAAGCAGCGUUUUAUUUUCUCUAUUUUUUAGAUGAAAUGGGCUGGUGAUGAUGAUGGUAUUUACUACUAUUUAGUUAGAUACAUGCACAAGGUUAAUUAAUUAGUACAAUACAAGCUGUUCGGAGCGGAUUCAAACUGACCAAUAUAUGGUUGAUGAUACACGACCAUAAAUGAUAAGAUUGACAUUUCUCUAA